AAGCUGCGGCGACUCGGCGGCGCCCGCCGCUCGGAGGCUGUGGGUCCCCGCAGGCGAUGGGCCCCGCGGGCUCCUGGGAGCGCGCCACGUGGGUGCUGGCCGGGGGCCUCCUGGCGGUGGCGCUGGCGCCAGGGGGCCGAGGCUGUGUCGGCGCCAGCUCAGGUCCCCGCUGGCGCCCCCUCGGCGCGCAGCAACCCCGGGACGCUCCGGUGGCUCCGGGGUCUGGGCCCGGCCUAGGGAGCGGGGCGGGGCCCGAGAGCAGCACGCAGGACUUGCCCUGUACGAUUUGGCCCAAAGUGGAAUGCUGUCACUUUAAGACUGCAGUGGAAGCACCACUUGGAGUGAAAUUGGACAAGAAAAUGGAAGUCUGUAUCCCACUGUCAACUUCUGCAGCCUCUAGUGGGCCCUGGGCUCAUUCCUUUUUUGCUUUUAUACCCUCCUGGCCUAAGAAGAACUUAUUUAAAAGAGAGUCUCCGAUAACACACCGCCUGUAUGGAGACAUUUCAAGAGAAGUUCAAGGGACUUCUGAGAAUGGAGUAAUUUUUCAGAAAUGUGCACUGGUGUCCGGGCCGAGCGAAGCACAGACAGCCCACAUAUGGCUGUUAGUUAACAACACCAAGACACCCUCGUCCGCCAACCUCUCAGAGCUGCUCUUGCUGGACAGCAUCACUGGUCUCACCAUUGGAGAAUCCAUUGGAAACAGAACCUCAGAAGGAUUCCAGGCUUUUAGUAAGAAGUUUCUACAAGUGGGAGAUGCCUUUGCCGUCAGCUACACAGCCACCCUCCAGGCUGGAGACAUCUGGAACGGAGAAAGCCUCAAACUUCCUGCCCAGCUCACCUUUCAGAGCUCAUCACAGAACAGAACACAGCUGAAAGCACUUUUUACCAUAACAGCAGAAGAAAACAUAAGGGUUCUGCCAAACCAUGGCCUCCACGCAGCGGGGUUCUUCUUCGCCUUCCUCCUCUCCCUUGUGCUAACCUGGGCUGCCCUCUUCCUCAUGGUUCGCUAUCAGUGUCUGCAGGGAAACGUGCUCACCAGACGUCGGGUUUGGCAGCACGAGAGCAAGCUGGAACCCUUGCCGUUCACCUCAGCUGACGGUGUGAGUGAGGACCUUUCCCUUAACGACCAAAUGAUAGACAUUCUGUCUUCCGAGGACCCUGGGAGCAUGCUUCAAGCCUUAGAAGAGUUGGAGAUUGCAACCCUGAAUCGAGCAGAUGCAGAUCUAGAGGCUUGUCGAACACAAAUCAGCAAGGACAUCAUUGCCCUUCUACUGAAAAAUCUCACCAGCAGCGGCCACCUCUCACCCCAAGUAGAGAGAAAAAUGAGUGCUAUUUUCAAAAAGCAGUUUCUGUUGCUGGAAAAUGAAAUACAAGAGGAGUACGAUCGGAAGAUGGUGGCAUUGACAGCUGAAUGCGACCUGGAAUCAAGAAAGACGAUGGAAAACCAGUACCAGAGAGAGAUGAUGGCAAUGGAGGAAGCAGAAGAGUUGCUGAAACGUGCUAGUGAGAGGUCUGCUGUAGAAUGCAGCAACCUUCUGCGGACCCUCCAUGGCCUGGAACAGGAGCACUUACGGAAGUCUCUCGCUUUGCAGCAAGAAGAAGACUUUGCCAAAGCUCACAGGCAGCUGGCUGUUUUCCAGAGAAACGAACUGCACAGUAUCUUUUUUACCCAGAUAAAAAGUGCUCUUUUCAAAGGGGAAUUGAAGCCAGAGGCGGCUAAAAUGCUGCUGCAAAAUUAUUCUAAAAUACAGGAGAAUGUGGAAGAGUUAAUGGACUUUUUCCAGGCUAAUAAGAGGUAUCACCUGAGUAAAAGAUUUGGCCACAGGGAGUAUCUGGUCCAGAACCUGCAGUCAUCAGAGACCCGUGUGCAGGGCCUUCUGAGCACUGCUGCAGCCCAGGUGACCCACCUCAUUCAGAAGCAUGAGAGAGCGGGGUACCUGGAUGAAGACCAAAUGGAAAUGCUGUUGGAACGGGCUCAGACAGAAGUCUUUUCAAUCAAGCAGAAGCUGGACAAUGACUUAAAGCAGGAAAAGAAAAAGCUCCACCAAAAACUAAUAAUUAAGAGAAGACGAGAGUUGCUGCAAAAGCACCGGGAGCAACGGAGGGAGCAGCUGUCCAUCGCCGAGGCCUUCCAGGCGGCCGAGGAUGCCGGCCAGUACCUGCGCCAGUGGAGGAGCCUGAUGGAGGAGCACGGCGCCGCCCUGGAGGAGCUGCAGGAGCGUCUGGACCAGGCCGCCCUGGACGAUCUCAGGGCCCUGACCCUCUCGCUGUUCGAGAAGGCCACCGACGAGCUGCGGCGCCUGCAGAACUCGGCCAUGACCCAGGAGCUGCUUAAGCGCAGCGUGCCCUGGCUCUUCCUGCAGCAGAUCCUGGAGGAGCACGGCAAGGAGAUGGCCGCGCGGGCUGAGCAGCUGGAUGGGGAGGAGAGGGACAGGGACCAGGAAGGUGUCCAGGGCGUGAGGCAGAGACUGAAGGACAACGCUCCCGAGGCGGCCACGGAGGAGCAGGUGGAGCUGAGACGCUGGGAGCGCCUGAUCUUCAUGAAGCUCUGCUCCUCAGUCUUCUCCCUGUCUGAAGAGGAGCUGCUCAGGAUGAGACAGGAGGUCCAUGGCUGCUUCGCUCAGAUGGACAGGAGCUUGGCCCUCCCCAAAAUCCGGGCCCGAGUUCUGCUGCAGCGAUUUCAGACUGCGUGGCGAGAAGCAGAGUUCCUGAAGCUGGACCAGGCCCUAGCGGCCCCCGAGCUGCAGCCGCAGUCCAAGGCGAGAAAGUCACGAUCCAAGAGUAAAAGCAAGGGAGAGCUUCUGAAGAAGUGCAUCGAAGAUAAAAUCCACCUCUGUGAGGAACAGGCCGCUGAAGACCUGGCUGAAAAGGUCCGAGGUGAAUUGCUACAGGAGAGAGUGCAGCGGCUAGAGGCGCAGGAGGGAGGCUUUGCGCAGUCGCUUGUUGCUCUGCAGUUCCAGAAGGCAGCCCAGGUGACCGAGACCCUGUCGGCCUACACCGCCCUCCUCAGCAUCCAGGACUUGCUCCUGGAAGAGCUGAGUGCGUCUGAGACGCUGACCAAGUCGGCCUGCGUGCAGAUUCUGGAGUCACACAGCCGGGAGCUCCAGGAGCUGGAGAGGAAGCUGGAGGACCAGCUGGCACAGCAGGAGGCAGCCCAGCAGCAGCAGGCCCUGGCAAGCUGGCAGCAAUGGGUGGCCGAUGGGCCCGGGAUUCUGAACAAACCUGGGGAGGUGGAUUCUGAAAGGCAGGUCUCUACUGUCCUGCAGCAAGCCCUGAGCAGGAGCCAGACGCUACUGGAGCAACAUCAGCAGAGUUUGAGAGAAGAGCAACAGAACGGUGUCGUCCUAGAAGACUUGUUGGAAAACAUGGAGGCAGACACCUUCGCAGCCCUGUACAGCCAGGAGCUGAGACUGGCGUCGUACCUGGCGAGGAUGGCCGUGGUGCCCGGGGCCACGCUUCGCCGGCUCCUGAGCGUGGUGCUGCCCACAGCCUCACAGCCUCAGCUGCUGGCCCUGCUGGAUUCGGGCAGUGAGAGACAUCCGGACCACACGGCUGAGAGCAGUGGUGGAGUGGAGCAGGCUGACGUGGGCAGGUGGAGGAAACACCAGAGCUGGUGGCAAGCCUUAGACAGCAAACUGCGAGGAGAUCUCAUAAGCAGAGGGUUAGAAAAGAUGCUGUGGGCUCGCAAGAGGAAGGAAAGCAUAUUAAAGAGGACAUGUCUCCCUCUCAGAGAGAGGAUGAUAUUCUCUGGAAAAGGAGGUUGGCCACACCUGUCACUGGAGCCCAUUGGCGAACUGGCCCCUGUAUCCAUUGUAGGGGCAGAAACCAUUGAUAUAUUAAACACAGGAGAGAAGCUCUUUAUAUUCAGAAAUCCAAAGGAGCCAGAGAUCUCACUGCGCGUUCCUCCCAGGAAAAAGAAGAACUUUCUGAAUGCCAAAAAGGCCACACAGGCCUUGGGCAUGGACUAGCCCAAGGGAAAGCCCCACGGGAGCACCUGAUGACAGAAGGGAUUAUUUUCUCCUGCCAAGCAGUCUGUGUGUGUGUGUGUGUGCUUAUAAUGUACAACUCGCAAAUAUAGAUUGCACAUGCAGAAGGCACAGAACCCCCAGUGCAUGCCCACUUUCACUGACUUGGUUUAAUCUUGUCUCAUGAAUUUCCAGAUGGCCCACUGUCUUCCAUAUCACAAGGACAUGAGUACUCCCUUUCAGCCCCACCUCCCCAGGCCCCUGAGGGAGACCCCUACCCUGCAAUCCACACAACAUCCUCUGCUGAAUAAGGUAUGGGCUGUGUGGUGAUAGCCAGAUUCUCUGCUCUUAAUGUUUUGUGUUUCUUACCUAUUCUAUUUUUAUAAAGGGAACUUUAAAAAAUAAAUGUGUUUUGCACAAAGCUCUUUCUAAUGAAACCCA